AGUUUGAAGAACAUGCUGGACAAGAAGAUGCUGCAGAUUGACGUGACGUUCGGCACGUAUCUGUUUUCUCCAAUCGAGAAGUUUGCGUAUUAUUCGAUUGCCUUUUUGCUCUUUGGCUUGACGUCCAUCGCCAUCAUCCUCUACCUGCCACACCACAUUUCGAUUCUCGCCGGCCGAGCGUGGUACUACAUCAACGGCGAGACGAUUGACGUUGCU